AUGAAGAGCCUAGAUGAUUUUACUGCAACGGUACUAAAAGGAUAUCUCGAGGCUUUGACUGCUGCUUUAUGUAUGAACAUUUAUGUGGUAGGGCUGAAUCAGCUAUAUGACAUUCAGAUUGACAAGAUCAACAAGCCAGGUCUUCCAUUGGCAACUGGGGAAUUUUCAGUAGCAACUGGAGUAUGUUUAGUAGUCACAUUCCUGAUCAUGAGCUUUAGCAUCGGAAUACGUUCCGGAUCCGUGCCACUGAUGUGUGCUUUAGUUGUCAGCUUCCUUCUUGGAAGUGCAUACUCCAUUGAGGCUCCGUUGCUCCGGUGGAAACGGCAUGCGCUCCUCGCUGCAUCCUGUAUCCUAUUUGUGAGGGCUAUAUUGGUCCAGUUGGCUUUCUUUGCACAUAUGCAGCAACAUGUUCUGAAAAGGCCCUUGGCAGCAACAAAAUCACUGGUGUUUGCAACAUUGUUCAUGUGUUGCUUCUCUGCCGUCAUAGCUCUAUUCAAGGAUAUUCCUGAUGUUGAUGGAGACCGAGAUUUUGGCAUCCAAUCCUUGAGUGUGAGAUUGGGGCCACAAAGAGUGUAUCAGCUCUGCAUAAGCAUACUGUUAACAGCCUAUGGGGCUGCCACUGUAGUAGGAGCUUCAUCCACACACCUACUUCAAAAGAUCAUCACUGUGUCUGGCCAUGGCCUGCUUGCUGUGACACUUUGGCAGAGAGCGCGGCACCUUGAGGUUGAAAACCAAGCGCGUGUCACAUCAUUUUACAUGUUCAUUUGGAAGCUAUUCUAUGCAGAGUAUUUCCUUAUACCGUUUGUGCAGUAA